AAUGGAUUAAAAGAGUCCCUAAAAAUCGUCAUCACCUAUAAAAAUGUCUUUAAAUAAUAUAGAUAAGAUCAUAUAUGCAAUUAAGGAUUCUUGGAAGAUUUAAUAAGAUGAAAAUCAGAAACUGUUUGAUUAGUUUUUAUAAUAUUGUAAAUCCUAAUAUCCCGUUUUUAAUAUCAAAUUUACAUGCUCCAUAAGUGGAGAAUGGUUAGAGUAACCAGUAUUUAAAUUAAUUAUGAAAAGGUGUCAUUUAUGCAAUGCAUAUUAGAUAAAAAACAUUUGAAUGAUUGCUUUGAUCUUAAAUAGAUAUUGAAAUAUUUGAUAUAGAAUGACAGUAAUUUUAUGUAAGAUGGAUAUAUAUAGUGUCCUCUAUGUAGAUCAAAGAGUCAUUUUAAAAAGGAUAUACCAUUAAUUCCAAAUUUGUUUUUCCAAUAACUUAGAUAACAAGUAUAAAUAAUUUAUUAUUUUGUAGUUAAAUGAUAAAUCAAAACCAAUAACAUAUUACUUAACUACUCAAACUUUGAUUCCAUUAUAUCCUGGUUUUUUAGGAAAAGAACAAUUUCAAUACAAUAAUCAAAUUUAAUAAAUAUUUGGUUAAUAAUGUGAUGUUCAAUAGAGUUUCUCUAAUUUAAGAAAGAUAAUAAAAGGGAAUGAAUCCUUUAAAUAUUCUCAUGUAUGUUUGUUGGGAAACAUAAGAAUCUAAAUUCCAGUGAGAGGAAAAUAAUGCCGACAUUUAGAAUGUUAUGAUUUUCUUUAUUUAAAUUGGUACAUGUAAUAGCGAGAUUGUAAUAAUAAUUAUAUUUUCAGAAAAGUAAUUAAAAUGUCUUUUUAUGGGAUGUUAGGAGAUUAUUAAUUUAAAUGAAUUAUAGUUGGAUUAAGAAUUAUAUGAAAUAGGAUUAAAAAGUUUUAAUUUUUCAUCAGAUUUUAUAUUUGAUCCAUAAUCAUAAACAUUAUUAGAUACAUAUUCGAUUACAAAUUAUGAUCCUCAAAUUGUUGCUUAUAAGAAGUUGGUUCCAACAACAACAGAAACUAUGAAUUAUAUAAAAUCUAUCUAUGAUUUAACAGAUAGAAUAUAUUCAUCUACAAAAAACUAAGAAUUAACAGAUAAAUUUUAUGAACAUCCAUUAAAUGGUGAUCUUAGUAUAAUUAAAGAUUAAAGUACUAAUUGUAAAGUGGAAAUACCUUGUAGAUGUAUUAGAUGUGAUAAAGUAAAUGUAUGUGAUCUUAGAUUCAUGAGUUGUAUAUUAAAUUAAGUGUAAUAUCCAGAAAAUAGAAAUGGAGUCAAGACUUAUUCAGUUUCUUGUCCUUUAUGUCAUAAUCCUUUUUCACCUAAAAAAAGACAUAGGGAUUAAAGUGUUCAUGAAUAAGUCUAUGUGGAUACAAAGAUGCUCAAUUACAUAAAUACAAUUAAGAAUUUCAAUUAUUUAAAUAAGGAAAAAUAUUAACUCUUUUUAUAAAAAAAACUUUAUCCUUCUUUGAGAUUUGAAGAAUUAGAAUCUCCAAUUUAAGAAUUAGAUUAAUUUAAUCUAAAAUUAAGAGUAUAUAUAUCUAUUAAAUUUUAAGUGUUUAAUAUCAAAUUAGAAAUUAAGAAAUCCUAUUAGAGGUAUAUAUUGUCAACAUCCUGAAGCUUUUGAUGAGAAUAGUCUUAUUGAAUUAUGUUCUACAGGUUAAUUAGAUUUGAAUUUAGCAUAAUGUCCUUAAUGUCAAUAAAGCAUUCAUAAAUUAACACAUGAUAAUACUUUAAAGGAAUUGUUAGGUUAAUUAUAAGGAGAUUUUGAUGAAAUUUAAGUAUUUCCAAAACAGAAAUUAAUCAAACAAUUAAAAUGA